CGGUUUACAGACAUUAAACAGGAAAAGAUGUUGAGCAGCAGAUGCAAGAGCGCGCCAACAGAGACCCUCACACUUGAUGUCCCCCUCAGCAGAGAUGGUUGAGCCCUCGUCCAGGUUGCUGUGGUCCUAUCCUAAAAUUCAGUCUUGCUCACUUCUCUCCUAUCAGCUGACAUAGCGCGGCGGGCGGCUCUGCCUGUUUCUCCUCUGAGAAGGGAAUCCAGUUAAACCCCAGAGAAAGAGAAAUUAGCCCCACAGCUUACAUGUUUGAGUUGUGAACAUGAAGGGGAUUUACAGAGACGGAUACUACGACGGAUCUAUUGAACUACGGGACGUUUUCAACAGGAGAUGCGUUAGAUGUGGCCGAAGGGACUUUGUCCAAGCCAGAACGAUGAGGAUUAGGACGGGAAUUGUUUUUUGGAACCUCAUCUUUUCACUGUUGUUCACUUGUGUGAAAGGUUUUAUCCACACUUGUGGAGGCACUUUAAAAGGGAGGAAUGGGACAAUAGAAAGCCCCGGGUUUCCAUAUGGAUAUCCAAAUGGAGCGAACUGUACCUGGGUGAUUGUUGCGGAGGAGGGAAACAGGAUUCAUAUAGUUUUUCAAUCUUUUGCCGUGGAGGAGGAAUAUGACUUUUUAUCUUUGUAUGAUGGACAUCCACACCCGGCUAACUUCAGGACGAGGUUAACAGGAUUUACCAUCCCUGCACCUGUUACCAGUUCUGGCUCCAUUUUUUCGCUGAGGCUUACCAGUGACUUUGCAGUAAGUGCUCAUGGAUUUAAGGCAGUUUAUGAAGAGCUGCGAAGCAGUUCAUGUGGAAACCCAGGAGUUCCACCCAAAGGCAUACUGAACGGAACUCAGUUCAAUGUAGGGGACAAGAUCCGGUACCGAUGUGUCACCGGCUACGUCCUGGAUGGACAUUCACUCCUCACCUGUGUAAACAAUGCAGCUGGUGUGUCAGUGUGGGACUUCCCUGUGCCGAUCUGCAGAGCGGAAGACACGUGCGGUGGCACCCUCAGGGGCUCCAGCGGGAUCAUCUCCAGCUUUGAUUUCCCCAGCGGUGACUCCCCUGGCACUGGUGGAGGGGGUGGAGUUGGGGGCCUGGGCAGCAGCGGGGAGUGUAAGUGGACCAUACUGGCAGAUCCAGGGGACACCAUCUCUCUGGUGUUCACCGAAUUUCAGAUGGAGGAGAAGUCGGAUUAUCUGGAAAUAGAAGGCUCCGAACCACCAACUAUAUGGCUAACUGGAAUGAAUAUUCCAGCACCCAUCAUCAGCAACAAAAACUGGCUACGGCUGCAUUUUGUGACGGAGAGCAACCACCGCCACAAAGGCUUCAGGGCUCAAUAUCAAGUGAAAAGCUCUGGAGAGCUAAAAUCCAGAGGGGUAAAAUUAUUACCAGGAAAGGACAACACUAACAAACUGUCUUUGAUGAACGAAGGAGGAGUCAAACAAGUGUCUAAUUACUGUCCUGACCCUGGGGAGCCGGAGAAUGGCAAACGAAUCGGCUCUGACUUCAGCAUUGGAGCAACGGCUCAAUUUACCUGUGAUGAAGAUCAUGUGCUGCAGGGUUCCAAAACGAUUACCUGCCAGCGCGUAGCCGAAGUCUUCGCUGCUUGGAGCGACCACAGACCCGUCUGCAAGGUGAAAACCUGUGGGUCCAACCUUCAGGGACCAUCUGGGACCUUUACGUCCCCUAACUUCCCUAUCCAGUAUGAGAGUAACUCCCAGUGUGUGUGGAUCAUCACUGCCGGCGAUCCGAACAAGGUUAUUCAGAUCAACUUUGAAGAGUUCGACCUUGAAAUUGGUUAUGAUUCGCUAACCAUUGGAGACGGAGGGGAAGUCGGUGACUCUAAAACAAUAAUUCAAGUGCUUACCGGGAGCUUUGUCCCAGACCUGAUUGUCAGCAUGUCCCAUCAGAUGUGGCUUCACCUUCAGUCUGAUGAGAGCGUGGGCUCGAUUGGCUUCAAGAUCAACUAUAAAGAAAUCGACAAAGAAAGUUGCGGUGACCCCGGGACACCUCUGUACGGCUACCAAGAUGGUAGCGGCUUUUUAAAUGGAGAUGUUUUGCGCUUCGAGUGCCAGUUUGGGUUCGAGCUCAUCGGGGAGCGGAUGAUAACGUGCCAGAACAACAAUCAGUGGUCAGCUAAUAUCCCCAUCUGCAUAUUCCCCUGUUUCUCCAACUUCACUGCUCCCAUGGGGACGGUGCUGUCUCCCGACUACCCAGAAGGCUACGGGAAUAACCUCAACUGCGUGUGGCUAAUCAUCUCUGAGCCUGGCUCCAGGAUCCAUCUGGCCUUUAAUGACUUUGACUUGGAGCCGCCGUAUGACUUCCUUACUAUCAAAGAUGGGGAUCAGACAGGAGCCACGAUCCUCGGACGCUUCUCGGGGGCUGAAGUUCCUUCUCAUCUGACGUCCAACAGCAACGUGCUGCAGCUGGAGUUUCAGGCUGAUCACUCCAUGUCUGGGCGUGGGUUCAACAUCACAUACAGCACUUUCGGAAGUAAUGAGUGCCCUGACCCUGGCAUACCGUUGAAUGCAAGGCGCUUCGGGGACAGUUUUCAACUGGGGAGCUCCAUCUCUGUGGUUUGUGAGGAGGGCUUCAUCAAGACCCAAGGGGCAGACACCAUCACAUGCCAUCUGGAAGAAAGCAAAGUCAUGUGGAGUGGACUCAUUCCUAAAUGUGAAGCUCCUUGUGGGGGGCACUACUCCGGGCCAUCUGGUGUCAUCCUCUCUCCGGGGUGGCCAGGGUACUACAAAGACUCUUUGAGUUGCGAGUGGGUCAUUGAGGCUGAACUGGGACGCUCCAUCAAGAUUAGUUUUGACAGGUUUCAAACUGAGCUCAGUUAUGACUUUCUGGAAGUGCACGACGGCCCCAACCUGCUGUCUCCUCUGAUUGGCUCGUUCAAUGGAACCCAGGUCCCUCAGUUUCUGUUUAGUAGCAGCAACUUCCUGUAUCUACUUUUUACCACCGAUAACAGUCGAUCAAAUAGCGGCUUCAAGAUCUUCUACGAAGUGGUCACACUGGACACAUACUCGUGCAUGGAUCCUGGUAUCCCAGUGAAUGGCAUACGGUUAAGCAACGACUUGUCCAUUGGCUCCACGGUGUCCUUCCAAUGUGACCCAGGAUACAGACUGAGCCAUGAGGAGCCACUAGUUUGUGAGAAGAACCACUUUUGGAGCCAUCCACUGCCCACUUGUGACGCAUCAUGUGGUGGGGAUAUCAGGGGACCCGGAGGGAUCAUCUUAUCACCUGGCUACCCAGAGCUAUAUCCUAACUCCCUGAACUGUACGUGGACUGUAGAAGUCAGCCAUGGAAAAGGUGUCCAGUUCACUUUUCACUCCUUCCACCUGGAGGAUCACCACGACUACCUUCUGAUAACCGAAAACGGCAGCUUCGCUCAGCCACUGGCCCGACUCACCGGCUCAGAGAGGCCCGCUCCGGUUAAUGCCGGCCUCUAUGGGAACUUCAAGGCCCAGCUACGCUUCAUUUCUGACUUCUCCAUAUCGCUGCAGGGAUUCAACAUCUCCUUCUCGGAGUACAACCUCGAACCCUGCCAGGAUCCUGGAACACCUCAGUUUGGCUGGCACUCAGGCUCCAGGUUUGGGAUCGGUGACUCGCUCUCCUUUUCCUGCAACACGGGCUAUCGUCUGCAGGGGGCGAGGGAGAUCGUGUGCUUGGGAGGUGGCCGCCGCAUGUGGAGCGCCCCUCUGCCAAGGUGUGUGGCCGAGUGCGGGUCGACAGUCGCCAACAACGAGGGAGUUCUUUUGUCACCAAACUAUCCAAUGAACUAUGACAACAGCCAUGAAUGUGUGUACAGCAUUCAAGUCCAAACAGGCAAAGGCAUUAACAUCACUGCCAGCACCUUUCAACUCGCACAAGGUGACAUUCUCAAGCUGUAUGACGGAAAGGAUGGUGCAGCUCCACUCCUUGGCACCUACACGGGCUCUUUGAUGCAGGGUCUGUCCCUCACCAGCACUUCCAACUAUCUGUGGCUCGAAUUCUACUCUGACCAUGAGAUGACAGCAGUGGGGUUCCAGCUCAUAUACCACAGUUUUGAGCUCUCCCACUGUGAUGAUCCAGGCGUGCCUCAGUUCGGCUUCAAAAUCAGCGACCAGGGUCACUUUUCUGGAAGUGCCGUCACGUUCGGCUGCGACCAAGGAUACACUUUGCACGGCAGCAGCGUACUCAAGUGCAUGACUGGCGAGAGACGAGCAUGGGACAAUCACCUUCCAUCUUGUAUAGCGGAGUGUGGUGGCAGUUUUAAGGGUGAGUCUACUGGGCGUAUCCUGUCUCCUGGGUAUCCCUUCCCCUACGACAACAACCUGAGAUGCACCUGGACACUGGAGGUUAACCCUGGUAACAUUGUGAGUCUCCAGUUCCUUGCAUUCGACACAGAGGCGUCCCAUGACAUCCUGAAGGUAUGGGACGGGCCUCCUGAGAACGAGAUGUCUCUGAAGGAGGUCAGUGGCUCGCUGCUGCCUGAGGGAAUUCACUCCACUCUCAACAUCGUCACCAUUCAGUUCGAGACUGACUUUUACAUCACCAAAUCUGGAUUUGCCAUUGACUUCUCAAGUUCCCUUGCGACAGCCUGCAGAGAUCCAGGUAUUCCUAUGAAUGGCAGUCGCAACGGAGAAGGGCGGGAGCCCGGCGACUCUGUGACCUUCUCUUGUGAUCCAGGAUAUGAAUUGCAGGGAGAGAGCAGAAUCACCUGCAUCCAAGUGGAAAAUAGAUACUACUGGCAACCCAGCCCUCCAAGCUGCAUUGCUCCUUGUGGUGGGAAUGUGACGGGGUCGUCUGGAUUCAUCCUCUCUCCCAACUACCCACACCCUUACCCGCACAGCAAAGACUGCGACUGGCUUAUUGCAGUUCACUCCGACUACGUUAUUUCCCUGGCUUUCAUCAGCUUCAGUAUCGAGCCCAACUAUGAUUUCUUGUACAUCUACGAUGGGCCAGACAGCAGCUCUCAUCUGAUUGGCAGUUUCCAAGACAGCAAACUUCCAGAGAAGAUUGAGAGCACUUCCAACUUCAUGUACCUGGCGUUUCGUAGCGACGGCUCCGUGAGCUACACCGGCUUUCAUUUGGAAUACAAAGCAAAACUACGGGAGGCGUGCUUUGAUCCGGGGAAUGUGAUGAAUGGCACCAGAAUGGGUAUUGACUACAAGCUGGGAUCUAUGGUGACAUUUCAUUGCGAGGCUGGCUACCUGCUGGAAGGCUACUCCACUCUGACAUGUGUCAUGGGCAACAGCAAGAGACCAGAGUGGGACAGAGCUAAACCAAACUGUCAAGCUCCAUGCGGAGGUCACUUCACGGGUUCAGAGGGAACUGUGCUGUCCCCAAACUACCCACACAAUUAUACCAAGGGCCAGAGCUGUGUCUAUGACAUCUUCGUCCCUGGGGACUUUGUGCUCUUCGGCCAGUUUGUGGUGUUCCAGACUUUGACCAGUGAUGUAGUCGAGAUCUAUGAUGGAUCCUCGAGAGAUUCGGCCCUUCUCUCGUCCAUAUAUGGAUCACACUCAGGCGAGACACUUCCCCUGAGUUCAGGGAACAAGAUAACACUCAAGUUCACCACAAAUGGAACAGAGACAGCUAAAGGAUUUCAUUUUGUAUAUCAAGCCGUCCCCCGGACAAGCGCCAGUCAGUGUAGCUCGGUCCCUGAACCCCGGUUCGGGAAGCGGAUAGGGAACGACUUUGGCACCGGCAUGGCGGUGCUGUUUGAAUGCAAUCCAGGCUACACGCUGCACGGCUCCAACGCCAUCAGGUGCGAGGCCGUGCCCAGUGCCCUGGCCCAGUGGAACGGCACUGUGCCCACAUGUGUUGUUCCCUGUGGUGGAGUGCUAACUGACCGCAGAGGCACUAUCCUCUCCCCUGGAUACCCAGAACCAUAUGCCAACUAUCUGAACUGUGCCUGGAAAAUCUCCGUUCCCGAGGGAGCCGGCAUCCAAAUUCAAGUCGUGACCUUCGCCACAGAACACAACUGGGAUUCACUGGAUUUUUUUGACGGGGUCGAUGGUAACGCUCCGAGGCUUGGUAGCUACUCAGGUACAACCAUUCCCCAACUGCUGAACAGCACGUCCAACAACCUGUACCUGACCUUCCAGUCUGACAUCAGCGUUUCCGCCGCUGGCUUCCACUUGGAGUACACAGCAAUAGGUUUGGAUUCGUGCCCAGAGCCGCAGCCUCCCAGUAACGGACAAAGAGUGGGCGAUCGUUACACCGUGGGUGACAUGGUUUCCUUCCAGUGCGAUCAAGGCUUUUCAUUACAGGGUAAUGCAUAUAUUACCUGCAUGCCUGGUCCCGUCAGAAGGUGGAAUUACCCCGUGCCUCUGUGCUUAGCUCAGUGUGGCGGCUCUAUGACAGACUUCAGCGGCGUCAUCCUCAGCCCAGGCUUCCCAGGGAAUUACCAAAGCAGCCUGGACUGCAGCUGGAGAGUUCAACUCCCUAUUGGUUUCGGGAUCCACCUGCAGUUUCUAAACUUCUCCACAGAGCCUGUUCAUGACUACUUGGAGGUGCGCAGUGGGAAUCUCGAGACAGGAACAGUGAUUGAUCGGUUCAGUGGCCCCGUGGUGCCCAACUCACUCUUUAGCACGACCCACGAGACCACUCUCUUCUUUCAUAGCGACUACUCCCAGAACAAGCCUGGCUUCCACAUUGUGUACCAGGCAUACGAGCUACAGAGGUGCCCGGACCCACGGCCGUUUCGCAACGGCAUAGUGAUUGGUCAGGACUACAGCGUGGGCAUGACCAUAUCCUUUGAGUGUCUGUCAGGUUACACUCUUCUUGGAGAGCCUUCGCUCACAUGUCUACACGGAGUCAGCAGAAACUGGAAUCACCCCAUACCUCGCUGUGAAGCUCUCUGUGGUGGAAAUAUAACAUCCAUGAAUGGCACAAUUUACUCACCUGGACACCCAGCCGAGUAUCCACACUUCCAGGACUGCAUGUGGACCGUCAGAGUGCCUCCUGGUUAUGGCAUCUACAUAAAUUUCUCCGUUAUCAAUACAGAGCAGAUCUACGACUACAUCACCGUGUGGGACGGACCUGACCAGUCGUCGCCUCAAAUCGGUCAGUUUAGUGGCACCUCCGUGCAGGAAGGCGUGUCCACCACCGCCAAUCAGAUCCUGAUCAAGUUCCACAGUGACUUCAGCACGAGUGGCUUCUUUGAGCUUCAUUAUUACGCGUACCAGUUGAGAACAUGUCAGCCACCUCCUCCUGUCGCCAACGCCACUAUCCUAACUGAUGAUGACGAGUUCGAAAUAGGGGACAUUAUUCGGUACUCGUGCCUUCCGGGCUUCACCUUGGUGGGCAGCGAGAUCCUGACCUGCCGACUUGGAGAGAGGCUACAGAUGGAUGGACCACCACCAGUCUGUCAAGUCCAAUGUCCAGCUCAUGAGGUGCGUUUCGACUCGACGGGGGUAAUCUUAAGUCCAGGCUACCCGGAAAACUACCCCAAUCUCCAGAUGUGCUCCUGGCUGAUCAAUGUGGAGAAGGGCUACAACAUCACUCUACACUUCGAACUCUUCCAGACAGAAAAAGAAUUCGACAUCUUAGAAAUAUUUGAUGGUCCCAACAUCUACAGUCAGAGCCUCUCAUCCCUCAGCGGUGACAUUGAAACCCCCUUUAGCCUGACCACCACAGGCCACCAGCUCCUGCUGCGCUGGUCCUCUGACCAUGGCACCAACCGCCGCGGCUUCCACAUCAGAUAUGUGGGUGAGUAUCAAACUAUGUACUGCAGUACUCCAGACUCCCCACAACACGGUUUUGUAGUGAGCCAGACCGGGGGUCAUCUUAACAGCAUGGUACGCUGGGCUUGCGACAGGGGGUACAAGCUGAUCGGAAAGGGCUCAGCUGUGUGCAAGAAGACCACCUAUGGCUACUACGCCUGGGAUGCGCCGGUUCCUGCAUGUCAAGCUGUGUCAUGCGGUGUGCCCAGUGCACCAGUGAACGGAGGUGUGCUCGCUGCUGAUUACUCCGUCGGCACACGGGUGACCUACUUCUGCAACGGCGGCUAUCGGCUCUCCUCCAAAGAGCUGACGACGACAGUCUGCCAGCCAGACGGCACCUGGAGCAAUCACAACAAGAUACCCCGAUGCAUUGUGAUGACAUGUCCCAGCCUUAGCUCCUUCACUCUGGACCAUGGGAAAUGGCGGAUAGUCAACGGCUCCCACUAUGAGUAUGGAACUAAAAUAAUCUUCACCUGCAACCCUGGAUACUAUCGUGUUGGGCCCGCCCACAUCCAGUGCCUGGCCAAUGGAGUGUGGAGCUGGAGAAAUGAGCGGCCUCGGUGUAGAAUCAUUUCCUGUGGCGAUCUUCCCACUCCUCCUAAUGGGAAAAAAAUUGGGACUCAAACUACCUUCGGAGCAUCAGCCAUCUUCAGUUGUAACCUUGGCUAUGUUUUAACUGGAUCUACCGUUCGAGAGUGUCUCCUGUCUGGACUUUGGAGUGGGAUGGAGACUCAGUGCCUGGCCGGUCACUGUGGCGUCCCAGAGCAGAUUGUGAAUGGUCAGGUGAUCGGAGAAAACUUUGGUUACAGAGACACCGUGGUUUACCAGUGCAACCCUGGAUUCAGACUCAUCGGCUCCUCAGUGCGCAUCUGUCAGCAGGACCACAACUGGUCGGGACAUCUACCUGUUUGUAUUUCUGUCACAUGCGGCCACCCCGGUAGCCCUAUCUACGGCCGCACCACGGGCGACGGCUUCAACUACAAUGACAUGGUGCGCUUCUCAUGCAACAAAGGCUACACCCUGGAAGGACCCUCCACGUCCCAGUGCCAGGCCAGCCGCCAGUGGAGCCAGCAGCCGCCGACAUGCAGAGUGGUUAACUGCACAGAUCCCGGUAUUCCUGCAAACUCCAUCCGGGAGAGCAAGAUCGAACAUGGCAACUUCACAUUUGGCAGCGUCGUCUUCUACGAUUGUAACCCCGGAUAUUAUCUGUUCGGCUCGUCGGUGCUCACCUGCCAGCCAGUGGGUCAUUGGGACAAACCUCUACCAGAAUGCAUCGAGGUGGACUGCGGCCACCCAGGUACACCUCCCCACGGUGUGAUGAGUGGGGAGAAGUUUACCUUUGGCUCCACAGUGCGCUAUUCCUGCCUCGGAGACCGACAGCUCAUAGGAGACUCAUCACUCACCUGUCAGCUGAAUGGACACUGGAGUGGUCCCCUGCCCCACUGCUCAGGUGACUCGACAGGCACCUGCGGGGAUCCUGGCACACCGGCCCAUGCCAGCAGGGAGGCAGGGAACUUCAAAGUGCGCAGCAAGGUGCGCUUCACCUGCGCCGUGGGACACACGCUGUACGGCUCGGCGGAGAGGAUCUGCUUCCCCAAUGGGACCUGGUCGGGUAAACAGCCGUUCUGCAAACCGGUGCAGUGUGGGAACCCAGGUACCCCUGCUCACGGCCGUAUUUCCCGUGUGGACGGAACAACCUUCUCCCACUCCAUUGUGUAUUCUUGUAUGGAAGGAUAUUUCCUCACUGGCUCGCCCACACGCCAGUGUCUUGCAAAUGGCACGUGGUCUGGCACAGCUCCGAACUGCACAAUGAUCACCUGUGGCGACCCUGGUAUUCCAGCGAACGGUCUCAGGUUUGGUGACGACGUGACGGUGGGCCAGAAUGUGACUUUCAUGUGCCAGCCUGGGUAUGUGAUGAUAGGAGGGGACCACACUGUCACAAGGACCUGCACCAACAAUGGAACCUGGAGUGGAGCCAUGCCAGCAUGCCAAGUGGUAACGUGUACUACACCCCCACCCAUCCCCAACGGCCUCCUGGAGGGUUCGGUGUUGGAGUGGGGCACCAGUGUGAGCUACAGCUGUCUACCUGGCUAUGAGCUGUCCUUCCCCGCUGUGCUCACUUGCACAGGAAAUGGAACGUGGAGCGGAGACCUGCCUCAGUGCUUGCCCAAGUUCUGUGGAGAUCCUGGUCUGCCUUCCAAAGGACGCAGGGAAGGACGCAGUUUCAUCUUCAAGUCGGAGGUGACAUUUAGCUGCAGUGCCUCCUACGUGCUGGUGGGAUCAACGACUCGCAUGUGCCAGGAUGACGGCACCUGGAGCGGCUCUCAGCCUCGAUGUAUAGAACCAACAAGAACCACAUGCGAAAAUCCAGGGACGCCUGAGCAUGGUUUCAUGAAUUACACAACAGGCUUUAAGGUGGGCAGCAGAAUAGACUUCCAGUGCCAACAGGGACACAUACUGCAGGGCUCCACCACCAGGCUCUGUUUACCAGAUCUCACCUGGACAGGCAUCCAGCCUAUCUGUAUCCCUCACUCCUGCAAGCAGCCGCGGAGCCCAGCCAACGCAGACGUCACGGGUCUAGACCUGCCCUCUUACGGUUACACCCUGGUGUACACCUGUCAGCCAGGUUAUUUUCUCUCCGGGGGUUCGGAGCACCGGGUCUGCCGCUCCGACGGCAGCUGGACUGGCAAGGUGCCUGUGUGCAAAGCUGGUUCCAAAACGCACGAGAAAACUGUCAAAUCUGUACCAGGGACUCCAAGCCCUAAAAUAAAUGUUCCUGACGACAUCUUUGCCCCUGAUUUCGUCUGGAAGGGUUCCUAUGAUUACAAGGGCCAGAAGCAGCCGAUGACUUUGACAGUCACCAGCUUUAAUGCCACGACGGGAAAAGUCAAUGUAACUUUAACAGACAGUAGCGUGGAGUUCCUGCUCUCUGGAGUCUACAAACGCCAGGAGGCACGGUUAAUGCUCCUUCUGUACCAGAUGAGAGCACUGGCCCACAGCUCCUUGAGCAGGAUUACUGAAGAAACCUGGGCAAUGGACGGAUUUGUUUCAGCUGAGCCUGAGGGCGGCAGUUAUGUGUUUCAAGGCUUUAUACAGGGUAAAGACUAUGGACAGUUUGGACUGCAGAGACUUGGUUUGAGUGUGAGAGAAAAUGUAACACUCACUGACCCUGAAACCAAUGGCUCCACCAACAGCAGUUCUGUUGCUGUCGCUAUCCUUGUGCCUUUCUUUGCUCUCAUCUUCGCAGGCCUCGGUUUUUAUCUCUACAAGCAGCGAAAAACAGAUAAAGCGCAAUACACAGGAUGUUCUGUCCACGAGAACAACAACGGACAGGCCACUUUUGAGAAUCCCAUGUACAACACAAACACAAAAGCUGCUGAGGGUAAAGUUGUCCGCUUUGACCCCAAUCUCAACACCAUCUGCACCAUGGUUUGAUGUCUACUGAGAGGAGGAGGGAGAGGAACACGUGGACAUGGAUGGAGAACAAAUCCUCUCCUCAUUUGCUUCACAUGAAUAUAUAUAUAUAUAUAUAGACAUAUUUAUACUUUUCUUGUUUCUGGUGACACUACGAAGUUGCUCAGAAACAUAAAGCACAUUUCCGGCAACACUUAAGGUGAUUGCGACCGCUCGUACGCAGAAGGUGAAGGGGAGAUUCCACACCUUUUCAGAUCUUCCCAUAAUGUGGUGAAGACAAGUGUUUCUGCACUCUAUGAGUGUUGGCUUUAUGAAUAAAAGAGCCUCUGGCAUAUAGAAAAAAAUGGAGUAUUUUAUGCUCUGUAAUAUAAAUACAGAGGGGUUAUUUCACAAUGCCAAAUGACAAAUUUAAUUCUUCUUUUUUUUUUUUUU